AUGGCUUUCUUUGCUGGUGUUUACAUGACAAAGGGUUUGAUGGGUACCAUCAAUUUGUUCCUGGUUGUUCUGUACCUUGUAGAUUUUAAAAGCCAUCAUGGGGUGGAAGCAAAAAAGGUGGAGCAAAAUGAAGAUGAUUUGGAGCUGGAAAGGCAACUCAAGAUUUUAAAUGUGCCUCAUCCUCUCAAGACCAUUAGAACAGAAGAGGGUCAUAUCCUUGAUUGUGUUGAUAUCUACAAGCAACCUGUUUUUAGUCAUCCCUUGCUUAAAGAUCACAAAAUCCAGGUUUUAGAUGUUUACGGAAAAGGCCAUGAACUGGUUCGUGGAGUUUCUGCAGGCAUCAAUAUAUACAAUCCAACUGUAGAACCUACACAGUUUACGAGUGCAACAACUUGGAUUCAGGGUGGUACUAAUGAUCAAGAGCUUGAUUAUAUAAUGGCUGGAUGGACGGUUAAUCCAUCCUUAUAUGGUGAUCAUCUUACUCGGUUUUUUACAUAUUGGUCGGUUAAUAAAAAUAAGCAUGAUGGGUGCUUCAAUACUCCAAGUACUCCUUUAACUCCAAUGUCUACAAUUGGUGGACCUCAAUCUGUGAUCAAAGUCAGAAUUUAUCAGGAUCCCCAUAGCGGGGACUGGUGGUUGAUAGUCCAAAAUAAUAUUGUAUUUAUUGGUUAUUGGCCAAAGACCUUAUUUACUUAUUUAGCUAAUGGUGCUAAUAGUGUUUGUUGGGGAGGGGUUGCAAAGACUGGUUCUAAUGGAGUUAGCCCUCCAUUAGGAAAUGGUCGUUUCCCAUAUGAUCCAUUUCCAUGUUUUAUUCAAAAGAUGGAGAUUGUGAAUAAGGACUAUCUUAUCGAUCCGGCCUGUAUUAAUGAAAAUAGACAUAAGUACUCAUGUGGAGGGAAAGAACUGCUAUGA